CUCUCUCUCUCUCUCUCUUUCUCUAGUGGGAUUCCCUCUCAAGUUCUGGCCUUGGUUUCUUCGCCGCCAUUCUCUCUCUCCGACCGAGGUCUUGGCUCCAUUGCGCUGCUCCUCCGCUCCUCUUCUCCCUACCUGGCACCUCUCCAUGUCCUCUCUUGAAUCCAGAGGAGCUCUGGAGAAGAAGAGAACCAGAAGGAGACGCACAUGGGCAAGUACAUGAAGAAAGGCAAGCCCUUGUCCGGUGAGGUCGCUCUCCUCGGCGAGCCACCACUUCCGCCCUUCAUCGGUGUCCGUACCCGCGCCCGCACCCUCGCCCUUCAACGCCUGCAGUCCUCCUCCCCUCCAUCUCCCUCUCCGCCCUCUUCUUCUUACCUCCAGCUCCGCUCCCGCCGCCUUCAUAAGCCUAAGCUUGCUUCUCCUAAACGUGGCCCUAAAUCCAGUGCAAAGGCGAGACCUUGCUCGAAGUCGGUGCCGAAGGAGGCGCCGGAGAAUGAUGCUGGAGUUGAGGUUUCGUUCGGGGAGAAUGUGCUUGAUUCCGAAACUAGGAACAGGGAUGACAGGGAAACCACUCCUUGCUGUCUAAUAAAGGAUUCAGAUAGUGCUAUAACUCCUGGUUCUACAACAAGAAAAACCAGCUCCACGGCCACCAACAAAAGAGCACAGAGCUCCAAACCUGGACACAUUCCGACAGCCUGUGAGAUUGAAGAGUUUUUCAGUGGAGCAGAGCAACUUCAACAGCAAGCAUUUGCUGAGAAGUACAACUAUGAUACUGUGAAGGACUGCCCGCUUCCUGGUCGUUAUGAAUGGGUAAAGCUGGAUUCAUAAACAGCAACGGUAGCGCAUCUUGAAGUAGUUGCAGUGGUGGUGGUGGUGGUGGUUGCCACCCCUUUGUCCCCAUCUCUGUUGUAUAACAAGUAGGUUUCUGACAAUCUGUAGACCUUAGUCCAGUGAUAACAAAAUCUAGUUUAGAAACCAUGAAGCUGUUGUUGUAUGUGUAUAUUUCUGCUAAUGGUACUGAAAAGUUUCAAUUGAAUAAAACCAUGGCUCAGUUUGAUGUCACUUUGCA